GUUUAGGGAGUUGUGAGUGCGAGAAGCGGGCUGGGACGCCAUUACGCGGUAACGCCACCUUCCCUGCAGGCGCCCGCGCUCUUGAACACGCUUCCUGUCGCCUACACCAGUUGACAGUACUAAACAGAUUUGGAAGAAUUUGAGAUGUCAUCUCGUGCACUUGGAAGAGGUCACCGAGGGGGUGGGAUACGAGGGGGUUAUGGACCACGAGGAGGCGGUCUCUGGACUGCUCAUCGUGGAGGCCAUCGAGGUGGAAGACCAGAUUUUUAUCAGCCAAAUCAUGAGGGUCGAUCACCACGUCCUUUCCACCGGCAGCAUGAUCCUGAGAAACUCUUGGCUUCAUUGGGGCCUGAUGCACAGCUGGCUCUUACAACAGCAAUUAUAAAUUCUGUGCUGAAGACUUCAGAAGAAAAAGAGAGCCGUGGAUUUCGGGACGACCGUGACAUGAGUUAUCGCCACCAGAGAGAUACAAGACGUGAAGGUCGAGGAGGUUAUUACAGGGAGGAGAUGCGACUGCGCAGACAAUAUGCUGAGCCCCGCAGAUAUGAACCAAGGUGGUACAACGAGGAGGGGCGGGGCCAUCACUAUGAACGAGAGAAAUCCUCUGCUGGCCCCCCUCGCUACCGUUAUGGCAACAGAACCCCUGGCCCAUCCAAGAGGCGGCCCUCUCCCCAUGGCCACCCUGGGCCCACAUACAAGCGACAGAGAAUGGAGAGGUUUGAGACAGAUGAAGGUGAAAUUGCACAUCACAGAGAUGAUGAAUUUAUGGAAGACGAAGGCCCGGAAGAAAAUGAAAGAUCACGUGACCGAGAGCGGCAUGGUUCCAUAUCCGAUGAAGAGCAUGGUAGACGGGAUGUCGAGAGCAGCAGCGGAGGAGGAAAUAAGGAAACUGAAGGUGGUCCUAGUGGUGUUCAGGUGACAAUUCGUGCUGAUGGUGAACGAGCAGUCAACAGUGAGGGACAUGUACGCCGAGUUGCUGGACGGCUCUUUGUUGAAUUACGAUGCCCUCAUUGCCCAAACCAGAAGUCGAUUACUUUUAAGGAAUACAAGAUGCAUUUGGUGAGUGACCAUCACAAAUCGCAAUUGAACAGACUAGCUCGGAAGCAUUCAGUGGUACUUCGGAAAAUACGGAUCCAGCAAAGACAGGAACAGAAGGAAAUUGAGGCUAAAUGGAGAGAAGAAAAUGAGGAAUUUAAAACUGCUGUCUCAAGAUUCUGUGGCACAUGCAAGCUGGCCUUUAAAUGCCAGGGCAGUAAUACCAGCGAUGGCAUCAGUUAUCACAACCGUAGCAAGCUACACAGGAUGCAGCGCCACUACCUCCAUCCAAGAUGUGGUCUCUGCCGCAUUACCUUUCCCAGUCGUAUGGUAUACGAGCAUCAUAUUGCUUCAAUAAACCAUUUAAGGGUAAGGACGGCCACAAUUGACAACCAGGGCGGCAGUCACCAGACUGAUGAUCACGCUCAAGAGGACGAGGGUGAUGAUCUAGACCUGGCUAAUUUUAUGACUCUUGAUUCAGUUGGAGAAGAUGAUGAUGAGGUUGGCUCUGAGCAUGAAGAAAUAACUGGAGGCCUAGAUGCUGCAGAGGCAGCAGAGAAGGCGGCAACUGGAGAGGACGAAGACGAUUUAGAAGAGGGCCAUGUCCAGAGAAAGAGAGGUGGCCGCGGUGCUUCAAAAAGUGGCUUACGAGAGCUGGGUGACAAAUCAAAAGGAAGACGAAACAGAGGGCGUGAUGAUGAUGACGAUGAUGAUGUUCCGUUGGAGAGUGAUUGGGAGAAAGAGCAACCCGAGGAUGAAGAAGAAGAAGGCCAUAAGCCACUUGGAACAGAGUAUGUACGCCGCAUUGAAGCUUACUUCUGUAGCCUCUGUUUUAAAAUUAUUCGUGCGGAUUCUUCUUUGGGUUCACGAGCUGUUCAGCGCCACUGUCGAUCAUUCAAUCACCUCUCUCAUUAUUGGGACCAUCAUCCAGCAUCACACCAGGGAGAAGAGGGCGAGGGUGAGGGCGAAGGCGAAGGUGAGGGCGAAGGCGAGGGUGAGGGCGAAGGCGAGGGUGAGGGCGAAGGCGAGGGUGAGGGCGAGGGCGAGGGUGAAGGUGACGGUGAACUUGAGGAAGACCCGGACCAGGACAAACUCUGGGAAGAAGUUGAUAAGGGCCUUACUGCUCUUCAGGGUGAAAUCCUCACGGAAAUAGAGGGUGAGGAUGCUACAGAAGAUCCAAACAAAGGGGAGAAAGUCAAUGGGAUGGAGGAAAAGGAGGAGGAGGAUGUGGAGAAGGAUUGUGCCAAGACAAGUAAGGAAGAUGUGCAAGAUACUAAAAAAGAUAACACAGCUACUAAGUUGCCUGAUGAUGAAACGGUAAACAAAAGUCAAGACUCCACUUUGGAAAAAGAAGCUCUAGAUGAAGUUGGGGAUGACUUUACUGAUGAAUGAACUGGUGAGUGCUAGUAAAUUGACGUGUUCCAAUGAGAGGUAGUCUUGCCACGUUGUGGUGGUAUUGAAUCUACUGCCUCCUCAAAUGUGAAGAGGCAUUGGAGCUGGUUGUAAAGUACAGUUUGUGAAUGGCAGGUUUGGUCAUACUUUAUAGAGCAAGAAUGCUUAUCUUCACUUGAAUUGUUUUAUUGGUGUCUGUGGUUUAUUGUAGGAUAGCUAUUAAGAGAAAUGUUACAAGUAACAAUAUGCAUCAUUAGCUCAUGGGAACUGGCAAGUGCAGGUUCCUCAAAUGAAAGUAAAGUGUGUUUUAAACAUUAUAUUUCAUGCAGAUUUAUUUCCACAAAAAGUUCUUUAUUAAAAUUCUUGUAGUCAACAAGAUGUAGUUUUAAGAAACUUUAUUAAUUGUAGUGAUAAAGAGCUGAAAUAAAAUUUGGUUAUAUUUUACCAAUAAGCUCUUGAUCAUUAAUAGAAAGUAAAAUUUUUUUUUAACGACCCAUUUGCAGUUUUCCUUUUGGAAAUCGUGGCAUUCCUUUUGUACUCAUGCCUUUUUAAAACAAAUAUUUGAGACAUAUUCAACAUAAGUUAGGUACAUUAAAUGUUGAUCUUUAAAAUAAGGAUUGCCUCUACAUUUGGAUUACAAUAUGGUAUUCAAAAUUAUAUGUAUAUUUUUUUUUUUUUUUUAAUAAUUUUAUUUUUUAAAUGCUGUACUUUAUUCAUUAAGAUUCCUUAUUAAGAAAUUUACAAUAUUAUAAAUUGGUUAGGAAUUUUGAGAAGCUGGUAAACGACAUAUUAUACACGAAUUCUUUCUGCGUUAAAACGACAACAAUUUUUUCUUGACAUCACCAUUUUCUUUAGAGACAAACUAAAACUAAUAUUCGGUUAAUGAAUGUUCAUAAAUUUAGUAAAAUUCUUGACAAAAAAUACGGAUUAUUAAAGAGUUAUAAUUUUGAAAAAGAAAAAUUUCAACAAGAAAGGUUUUAACAAUUGGGACCUAAUUAAGGGAGUUAUUAUUUUAUAAAAUAUUUUUGGGAAAUUCUAUGGCAACAUAUUUUCUUAGUACAGUAUACUGUUUGAUAGAGCAUAUGGAUGUGAUGUAGGUAUCCUUUAAUUAAAGAAUAUCUCAUUUGCUCAACCACCAGCCAGUUUAUCCCUUUUUCCAUCAUAUAAAUGUUUUAUUAUUAUAAUUGUAUAAUUACAUAAUUAUAAUAUUAUUACAAUUAUUAUAAUUCAAGCAUGUGUGCGUGCAUACAUCACACAUUGAUGUAUGCAAAUAAAAUUAUUAUAUAUAGUAAUUACAUAAUUAUUGUAUUAUAAUAAUUAUAUAAUUACACUAUAGUUAUGAUAAUUAUAUAAAAAUAAUAAUGAGAAAAUAUUAGGCGCCAUGAGGAUUUGAACCUUUUUGGUUCAGUACUUAGGUUUUUGUAGGAAAGCAGGUUUUUGACCUACACCAAGCAUAUGACCUAGACUACUAUGCCACGACAUGGUCAAAAGCAAUGUAACCUGGGAUUUAGCUGAAUCCUCUAGGGUUCCUGAUCCUUCCACUGAAGCCCAAUCUGGGUUUCAUGUGUUGCCACUAUGCACUGUGGCUCUGGUCCAGGAGUCCUAGACCACAAUGUGAGAAACCCAGAUUGGGAUUCAGUGGAAGCGUCAGGACCAUUAGAAAAUUCAGCUAAAUCCCAGGUUGCAUUGCUUGUGACCAUGUCAUGGUGUAGAGGUCAGGUGUGUGUGUGUGCUUGGGGAUACCAAGUGUGCGGGUUUGAAUCCUCCUCAUGGCUCCUGCAGAUUUUCUCAUUGAUUCAUGCAUUUGUGUGAUUACAUUAAUGCAUAUCAAUAUGCUGCUCUAUUAUCAUUAUCAUCUCACUCAAGAGCGCACACACUCGCUCUCUCUCUCUCUCUCUCACACUCUCACUCUCUUUCACUCUCUCUCACACUCUCUUUCACACUCUCUUUCACACUCUUUCACACUCUUUCACACUCUUUCACACUCUC